GAACCACGUGACCUGGUAACGUGUCACGUGACCAACGCGGAAGUGUCGUGUGACUUUCAGACCGAACGUAGCGGAUUCAUUUCCAGGAGAAACUGUGAAACUGCAGAUUUUUUAAAACUGAAGACACCUGAGGGAAUGAGACCGGAAGGACCGUCGCAGAGGUCCUGGUAGCUGGGACCAUGCCGGUCUUGGCCAUGGCUGCGGUGGAUCAUCAGCGGCGCUUCCAGGCAGCAGUGGAUGUGAUCCAUAACCUGCCUAAAACCGGCUCCUACAGGCCUUCUUAUGAGGUGAUGCUGCGUUUCUACAGUCUGUACAAGCAGGCUGUGUGUGGACCAUGCAAGGCACCCCGGCCCGGGUUCUGGGACCCAGUGGGCCGCUACAAGUGGGAUGCGUGGAGUCGCCUCGGGGAGAUGAGUCAGGAGACCGCCAUGGCAGCAUAUGUGGAGGAGAUGAAGAAAGUAGCACAAGAGGUCAUCAACACCAUGCCCAUGGACCAAACGGCGGCGGGGGCCUUCCGACACUUCGAGCCUCUCUACAGGGUCAUUGAUGACAUGCCCCGGCCUCCGGCGUCGCUGUUUGACCUCGCUGAAGGCUCUAAAGGCAGUCAGCAGGGUGACACGGAGGGAGGAAAGGAGCCGGAGCGUUUGGAAGGAGGUGGUCCAGACCCGCAGCUGAGGGCUCCUGGUGAGGCCCGCCCCCCACAAGAUUCUGGGGCGUCUGAAGGUCUGGCUGUGACCAGCGACUCGGAGAGUGAAAUCUUCUGCGACUCUGUGGACUCAGUGGAGCAGCUGAGCAGCUUCAAGGCUGUCAAGUCCAACGGCUUCCACAGCAGCAGCGUUUAUCUGCACUCGUCUCCAGGUCCCGGGACUCGGACUGAAGGCCGUCUGGAGGGAAGACGAGUCGGAGCCGGUCAGGGUGGGGAAGGAGCGGAGGAUGGGAGGAGCCACGGUCCUCCCAGGAGAGGGCGGGACGGCGGGCGGGACGCUUCCUCCCACGGCUGGAGAGAACGAACCUUUGCUGAAGGUUCCUGGUUCUGGUUCAUGUUCUGCAGCAGCCUGUGUCACAGCGACUCUGGUUCCGUGGCGGCUCUGAUUUUCUUUCCCCUCCAGGAGGAGGCGUGGUGGCCUUUCGACGUGUCGUGUCAGACGGUUCUUCUCUUCAUGCUGUGGCCGUUCGUCGCACAGGGUCUGGUCUACCUGCUGAGGAAGGCCCACCAGAGGAGCCGCACGUUGUCAUGACAAAGCCCCUCCCCCAGAUGGACAUAGGAAGAAGUUUUUGCUCCCCAAACUUCCCAGCAUCUGAUUGAAGCUCCUUUCUUCAGACGAAGAACUUCCUGUGAUUUAUCGUUUUAAUAAAGUGAAAUAGAAUCUCUGAGGGUUAAA